AUGCUCCUCUCGGUGCGCCGCCUGCCCGCCGCUCCGUCCCGCCCCGCGGCCCACCCGCACAUCUCCCCUGCGCCGCCCACCCUCCGGCUCCGGCGACAACAUGGUCAAGUGGCGGUGGCGAUGACGAGGACGGCGUCAACGGCGCCUGUGAUAAAUUCGCAUAUCUUCUCGGCCCCCCUCACGGCAAAAUUCAGGCUCCGUCGCCAAUCAAAUGUCAAGAGAUAUAAGUGCAAUGUCAUACGGAGUAAUCUCUUCGAUAGAUUAACCAGGGUUGCCAGGUCCUAUGCAAAUGCAGUUAUUAGUUCAUUUGAAGACCCCGAGAAGAUCCUAGAUCAGGCGGUUCUGGAGAUGAAUGAUGAUUUAAUAAAGAUGCGGCAAGCCACUGCACAGGUCUUGGCAUCUCAAAAGCGGCUUGAGAACAAGUACACAGCUGCUAAACAAGCUGAUGCUGACUGGUAUCGGAGGGCUCAGCUUGCUCUUCAAAAGGGUGAUGAGGAGCUUGCACGUGAAGCCCUGAAACGACGUAAAUCAUAUGCUGUAGACAAUGCAAGCUCCUUAAAGACCCAGCUUGAUCAGCAGAGGAGUGUUGUUGAAAAUCUUGUUUCAAAUACCAAGCUUCUUGAGAGCAAAAUAGCAGAGGCCAGGCAGAAAAAGGAUACCCUAAAAGCCCGUGCUCAAUCAGCCAAAACUGCAACAAAAGUGAGUGAAAUGUUGGGGAAUGUGAAUACAAGUAGUGCUCUGUCUGCAUUUGAGAAAAUGGAGGAAAAAGUUAUGACGAUGGAAUCCCAAGCCGAGGCACUUGGUCAGUUAGGAGCAGAUGAUCUAGAAGGAAAGUUCGCUAUGCUGGAGACUACAUCGGUUGAUGAUGAUCUUGCACAAAUGAGAAAAGAACUGUCUGGGAGCUCUUUGAAAGGUGAACUUCCUCAAGGUAGAAGCGCUACUCCUCGAGACAGGGAUAUCGAGAGGGAGUUAAAUGAGCUGCGGGAGAAGGCCAACGAUUAUUAG